AAACUCGGUAAGAAAAAGAGCUUUUGGAAAGACUUUAUUUUAAUGACUGGUCCGCCACGUGUCGUUAUGAGAUUCCGUUCCUAGUGCAAAAUUAUCCAAACACGACAAGGACGAUAAACACGAUUUUGCUUGUACAAGAAGAAUAAAGAAGGUUUUUUGAAGAAAAAGAAAGUUGACUAUAAUAAACUAUGCACGGCACUCGGAGGCAGGAGAAAUGAAUCAUUGUAAACCCUUAACAAAUUGAACUCAUCUUGUUGCCGAAGUUAUACAGAUAACGUAGGGAAGAUGAAUGGGCCUGUGAUUAUUAGUGUAAUGGACUCUUAGGCCCAUUUUAGAGAAAAAAAUGACCAAUUUCCCAAGAAAAUUAAUUAAUUUCCUCCCGAAAUAGACAAUCCUGGAUUAGGGGACCACAUUAUGGGCCCAUAUUGAGGCCCACAUUUAUGGUAUUUAUACUGUACGGAACUGAUAGAUAGACACGGAGACAUUGUUCUCGUUUUUCACAGAAAUUUCGAUUUAGGACGUGUGGCGAUUUUGGAGACAAAUCACAAUGGGAGAAGCGCCUGCUCAGAUUCCGACGAGUUUCGGCCACGAGCUUAGGGCUUGUCUUCGAUGCCGCCUCGUCAAGACCUACGAUCAGUUUAGGGACUCUGGUUGCGAGAACUGUCCUUUCUUCAAAAUGGAAGACGAACAUGAACGUAUCGUCGAUGUUACAACCCCUAAUUUCAAUGGUAUAAUCUCUAUGAUGGAUCCACGCAAAAGUUGGGCAGCAAGAUGGUUAAGAAUUGGGAAGUUUGCUCCUGGUUGCUACACUCUUGCUGUCUCAGAGGCACUCCCAGAAGAAAUGCAGUCCAUAUGCCAACAAGUACGGGUGCAGUACGUUCCGCCCAAACGCAUUUGAAGGCAAGUGUCUCCAUAUUGGCAUCUCUGCAAGUCGUCAGUUUCAAGAAGACUUAUUAGUCCGAUGGAGGUUAUGAAUGGAAGUAGUUAAGUUGUCUACUGUUUCUGAUUUCAACUAAUAUAGAGUUUUGAUCCUCUUGUUGUUUACAAAGACUUAUCUUGCCAACAAACUCAUUGUGUAGUUCACCUGUGGAAGAUAAGAUAGAUGACAUAAUUUUUCAAUUAUAGAAUGGAUUUAUAUUUCUGUGA